UGCAGGGUUUAGGGUGUAUCUUUUCUCACAGAUCAUGUUAUUUUUGGCGGAGUCUAUGAAGAGAGUUGUUUCUUGCACGAUCCGUUCAUAUCGGGACGAACAGACACCCGAUUUAGCCACUAAUCACAUGCUAAUGCAAUCCAGGCUGCAUUUAGCCAGUACGACGUUGAAUAAUUACUCACAUUGCUGCAUGGUCGAAAGCAGGCAGUGUGACGUCACACUUCGUCGUUUAGCUCCAAUCCCGUCUGGUCGUCGUGCACGGGAGAAGCAAUUAGAUCUGUGCGCGCUGAUUGGCUGGCGGCGAUAUUAAGGAAUGCAUGACGACAAUUCUCGCUCACGAUGACGUCGAUCGGGGCGCCUUUCGGGGGGUCUUCGUAUUUUUUUCUCGUCAACCACAGCGAUGAAUUGCCUUCUAUACAUAUACACAGCGAUGUAUUGAUAUAGGUCCGGAGUUGCAAGCCGAUGAGCUUGGGAGAAGCGUCGUUGUUCGCGAGCCCGUCUCUCAAGGCAGGUUACAAGUGAGCCCCAUACCGUUAGCACUGCGAUACCAUUGUAUCAGUCUGUGUUGUCUGGUUCAGAGGGUUCCUUCGUAGCUUUGCCGCGCGGCUCAGUUCGGGAGGAGAUUCGAAACCCCCUCUCGCACUUUCUCUCUCUCUCAGGCGGGGCAAGCUGGAUUAUCCUAGCCAAGCACUGUCCUGUAGUUGGCCGCUGAUUUGUCAUCAAAAUAUCGGAUCUUGGAAGCGGGCCAGGUUUCGCCCGUAUAUGGCGAGCUCCAUGCACGUGUUACUUCCACCGUUACAACUGAAUUUUAGGACAUUCUUAAGCAAGUGGUCUGAGGAAGAGUGGGCAACAGUGGACCGAAACGGCACCAGGCGUUCGGGCUACAUCGAUCCGAACGCGGGGUCAUCCCAGUAUAAUAUACUGGAAACCAAACUGUUUCAGAACCUUACCAGUCCCAACCUACCAGAAGGAAGUCCAGUCAGCCCACCACUCAGUACAGACGGGACGCUCAUCUCACAACAACAACAGCAGCAACAACAACAACAACAUCAUCCACAUCAUCAUUCACCUCCACAUCACCAAGCAACUCAACCGCAUCAACAGGUGCAACAGCAGCAUCCUCAGUCACAGACAUCACCUCCUCUUCAACAACCUCAAUCUCAACAACAACAACAACAACAAUCCCAGCAUCGAGUAACACCACAUAAUCACCAGCAGCAUACCCCUCAUCAAUCCCCGCAGAGGCAAUCUCCCGUUACCCCUAUGCCGGCCAGUAUGCCCUCUUACACCCCGAAACAAGACGCAUCCUCACCGCCUUGUAUUGUUCAAACGCCAGAAACCUUCUCAUCAAACUAUAGCAGUCAACCGGUUUGCACUACCGCCAGCAGCAGAUUGCCUAAUUUUCAGGACUGUUUUGGCCCUCCAGGAUUGAGGCCCAGUUACGAAGAACAUUCACCAGAGUUUCCACCAUUCAGUUCAAUGACGGAGUUUCUGCCAAGUGCGACUCAACCAGAAUCCUACGACAGGGAGUACCCGCUCCCUGCAAUCCCCUCUAUGGCUGAGCACAUAGCUUACCAACAUGCAUACAGCCCAUCCUUAACGGGUGUCACUCCUCCAACCACAUCUCACAGCACGUAUUCCCCUGUGGCUCAACAGAACGAUUAUUAUGACACAAGUUUUACGCAUGACGUUUCGACUAUCCAUGUUGAUGCGAGCUUACCACCUCAUUUCGUUUGGGGUACUUCACAAGAGGGUCCCAUUCCAACAUGUACGGAAACAUCCAUCUUGGAAAGCAAGCCUCAUCAUUACCCAAUGCCACCAAACCCACCGCUUGGUUCUCAUCAUAAUAUUAUGGUCGGGGCAAGGAGAAACAGUCCCAUCAUGUCACUAUCACCAGAAGGACCUAUGAUAACCCCGCCUAGGACGCCCUCUCAGGAAGGCAUGUGUGCUGUGUGUGGGGACAGUGCAGCUUGCCAACAUUAUGGCGUCAGGACGUGCGAGGGAUGCAAGGGUUUCUUUAAGAGGACAGUACAGAAGAAUGCCAAAUACGUGUGCUUGGCCAACAAGAACUGCACGGUAGACAAACGACGGAGGAACCGAUGUCAAUAUUGUCGCUUCCAGAAGUGUCUAGCCUGUGGGAUGGUCAAAGAAGUUGUUCGAACCGAUAACCUUCGAGGGCGACGAGGUAGACUGCCCACCAAACAGCGGAACUCUCAGGAUCUCCCUCCCCCAUCCCCUCCUGUCAGUUUGAUCACAGCCCUGGUCCGAGCACAUGUUGAUGCCUCACCAGCUAAAGCCAACCGAGACUACAGCCAGUUUCGGCUGCCAGGUGACGUCAUUUCACCACCACCAGACAACGAACAGCUGCAAAUCUUCUACGACAACUUUUGUUCGUCGAUUGACGUCAUCCGAUCGUGGGCGGAGCGUAUCCCUGGUUUUAGCGAUCUCUGCCGAGAAGAUCAAGAUUUGCUGUUCCAAUCAUCAUGCCUUGAGCUCUUCGUUCUCAAGAUGGCGUACAGAGUAAACCCGGAGGAUCCAUAUGUAGUAUUCUGCAACGGAAACGUCCUCCACAACCAGCAAUGCGAACGGGGCUUUGGGGAGUGGCUAGACGAUAUACGGGCAUUCUCCAAAGUACUUUCAUCCCUUGAAAUUGACAUCUCAUCGUUCGCAUGUCUGUCAUCUCUUGUUCUAAUCACCGAGAGACACGGAUUAAAAGAACCAGAGAAAGUGAGUCAACUGCAAAACAGGAUCAUUAGCUGUCUCAAUGAUCACGUGACCUACAACACUUGUGCGCAAACGCGAGCCAAUUUCCUAUCCCGGAUGUUGAUGCAGCUCCCUGAGCUUCGUGUGUUGAGCAAGAAGGGACGCCAGAGAUUAUGCGCACUCAAAGUGGAAGGUGCAGCCCCAGUACCUGGCACCAUCGAAAAAACUUAUGAGCCUAACUUGCCUUAUUAACUCUGGGUUCAAGAAAUACUUGAUGUUUCUACUCUGAAAGGCUGCCUUCUGAGCCAACAGAUAUUCACAUUAGUUGAUUGACAUGUUUUACUAUUCUCACAGUACAACCAAUUAUGCUUUACGUUUAUAUUGUCAUACACGAUUGUGAAUAAAUUAUAUAUAGGUUUGCACCUUCGGUUAUUUAAAUAGAGUAAUUUUAAAUGUUUUAAAAUGAGAUGAGAUGAUAAUCGCAUUUCUAUGAUUUUUUUUCUGUCAAGGUAAACCUUAUUUAUCCAUAAAGAUAAAUUACUCUUUAUAAAUGUUGCGGUUAAUCUUACUUUUUUCCCCCUCUUACCUUCAUCUUCUGUUUUUUGAGCACAUAAGAAUCAUGUGAACAAAUUUGUACUAAGAAAGCAUGAAAUUUCUCAUAUAAAUAUUCAUUGGGGGAAAAUAGCUUCAAUUCUACAUUUUGAUGUAUUUACCAUGUUCACACAAUUAUCGAAGCGUAAGCAAGUCAAGUUAAUUUCAUCGCUUUAGAUAAUAUACGCCUAAAUUUUAUCAAAUUUAUACGUUAUAUCGAUAACAAAUUGUGACGACCUGGAAAACUACGAUUUAGCUGGUAUUAUGAUAAAAAUCAGAGCAUUAUUUUGCAUGAAGGUAGUUGUGACGUGGGAUAUAUCAUGAAAACUUAUUUUUAACUUGUUACAGUGCAAUCUAGGAUUGACUUGUAAACCAUGUGAACACUGAAUUAUGAAAGAAUAAAUAAUUGCAAAUUCAAGUUUUUUCUAUAAAACACAUGUCGGCUAAAUAGCUAUGAGAUGACACUCAUAAUUAGUUAGUCAGGUAUACUUUUUCAUUUUGAUGACUUUAAUCUCUUUCUGUUAUUGUAUUUAGGACGGGUUCGUGAGACAAUAGUCGUAAAUUACACAUGUAUUUUUGUACGGGGGUAACAGUCUUACAAGUCGUAAAUUAAAAAGUUUUAGAUUGAUUUGAACAGGAGAUAUUAUAUCAUGAAAAACAUUGCUUUUACCGGUCUUUCAGGAGCUCAUGCAGAAUUACAUCUCAGUUUCACCAAAUUUCUACGGGACAUUUUAGCGGUUUGAUACGUAAUUAUUUUUUAUUUUGUUUGGCUGCUUCAUUGAUCCGCAAGGUUUCUUUACAACAACAAAAGUAGCGCUAGUUCAAUAUCAUUAUGCAUGAUUUCUCAUGUUUAUUCACGAUGUAAAGAUGAAAGUAAAAGUAGUUAAAUUGUUAGUUAGCAGCUGAUAAAACGCUUUGUAAAAAGGAUAUGAUAGUAAGUAGGGAUUUAAAAAAGAACGUUUGUAAGCGUGGCCAAUCUGCAGCUGUAUGUAUUGUUUUCAAAGAAAAAAAGCACAUGAUAAAUUAUAUGUCGUAAGGUAUUGUAGAAUGAUCUAGUGUAUAGUACCCAUAAAACAUAUCAAUUUUGUUUGCACUACCUAACGUAUAUUCUUAGGGAACUUAGAGUAGUACCUCUUGUAAAUCUAUACUUACACCAAAGGUUAUGAUUUUGAAAGAAGUUUAGAUGUGCAAAAAGAGUAUCAUGAUCAUCACUGUACAAAGCUGCAAACCACUUAUGAAUCUAGCGAAAAAUAUUCUUGUAAAUAUGGAAAUAUGAGGUGUUGUGGAGAUCCACACGAAAACGUGAGAUUGUAGAUAAUUUUAUAGUUAAGAUACUAAGUAAUGUAUUGCAGUACACGAUGUCUAUGCUAUGAUCACUCAAAUGUGCUAAUUAUUAUGUAUACGAAAAGAGAUACAUGAAUAUUCAUUAUACAUAUAAACUUUGUUACAUUUUGUUUACGAAAACAUUUUGUUUACCGAUUGUUGAAGAUGAAAGAGGAGGAUAUGAUGUUGCACGAGUAGACAUGCUUAUUGGCAGGUCCACUGCCUGUUUGACACUGAAUUCUUACUGGUUCUGUAGAAUAGUCAUUUUAUACCAUUUUGCUAUGAAGAUGAAAAAAACAGAAAAUGUUGCAGUCUUUUUACAUUAUUGCUAACGUGGACAUGUUCUGUGGAUGUUUCAAAAAUGCAUAUUCAAUGACUUAUUUAGAUGAAGACAAAUCUUUGUAGGCCUAUGACUGUUUUGAUAAUUUGGGUAGCAUAUACCGUUAACUCCCUACCAAGUCUCAAAAGUGAGAAAGAUGACGUAAUCAUAUAGGGUGAAUGAACGGCCAAUAAUUCAAUGUCAGUAUAGACAAUACUCUUAACUUUUAGCCGUUGUGUCUUUUUUUGAAAUGCAUUAUGACUGUGAGCACAUUUUGAUAGAUGUCUAUGCGUUCUUGCGUAACACUAUUCGACCUUAUAACACGAUAAAAUGCAAUUACUUUGCUGAAAGUCCUGUUACGAAUCAUAUACUGCCAAAAUCUGUUUGUUAUCUGGAUACUUGAACACUGGUGUAUAUUUUUAUAAUGUGAACGUAGUGAAAAUCAAAUCUGUGAAUCUCUUACUGUAGCAAUUUUGCGUUUUAAAUUCGAGUGCUAUUUUUGAUGUGAGAUAUUAACACCAAUUAAUUUCCCAUGAUAGUUACACUGCACGAUGAAUCAUAGACGUUAAUUACCCAUCUAGUGCAAGAUUUGUUUUUAUUCUUUUGUGGUUAUUUUGAAUUUGAAAAAUAAUCCAACUAGGUUAUACAUUCAAUUUUAUUUUGAACACACUUUAAAUGUUUCUGCCGCAUAAUGUGUAAUGGAUGUUGUCUGUUGUGAUAGAUGCUUUAAUCUUUAUAUACAAUUUAUAUAUGGUGUUGAUGAUUCUAUUCGUAAACUAUCGCAUCUCAACAUUUAGUGCAAUGUCGUCCUCGUUUUAUAUGGAAACAGAUGUGUGCAAAAUUGAGCACGUUUAUACAAAAUCGUAUAUCGGAGAGAGAGUGUGAGAGAAAGAAAACUAUCAGAAUAAAGUUAUUAUUUUUCUACGUAUACAUGUGCCGAUAGUAAAUGUACUUAAUUAUGUUCAAAUAUGAACGAAAAUGUGGUAUUAUCUUUGAUGAGCAAGCCCCCGAAAAUAGAAACAGAAUUUUAGUCAUUAAAACAUGAAAUCUGCUUUAUUGGGGAAACGAUUUUUAUUUUUAAAAGAUAAAAUUGAUCAAUCAGAUUAUCGGAAUCAUUUUUAUAUAAUAUCAAUCAAGGAAUUGAAAAACUAUACUAUCUGAAAUAAGGAUAUCGUAUAUCAAAAUGUGAAACCUUGCAAAAGUCAGGCUAUACAAUUGAAUGGAGAGGAACAUUCUAGACAUGGGUUCCUUCUUUAACAAACGGUUGAAUCUUUCUUAUGUUUGGCGUAGUCUCGCUAAGAGACUCGCACGCUUGUUCUUAUGUCAUUGAAAUAAAUACAAGUACUUUUAGGCUAUGCUAUGAGUGUAUAUGUUCUUCAGAGUUUUAUAUGAUAUUACUGCUAAAAUAAAACGUCCACUGACACGAUAAUUACUUGCUCAGA